AUGGCACAACAACAGAACGGCCAGAGCUUGCACACCCAAGCCUCUAAUGGAUCUUCCUCCUCCUCCUCCAACGGCGGCCGCUCAAUGGAAGCCCGCGUCGGCCGUGAUAAGCAACGAUACGCCCCCACCGGCGAACGCCUAGUAGCAGGCGUCGUCCCCCUCUCCCCCACAAAAACCCACGUCCUCCUGAUCCAAUCCUCCUCCAAGUCCUCCUCCUCCUCCUCUCCUCUAAAAAAACGACACUGGGUCCUCCCCAAAGGCGGCUGGGAAUCCGACGAACCCACCCCCUCCCACGCCGCUCUACGUGAAGCCUGGGAAGAAGCCGGGAUCGAAUGCAGUAUAACACGAGACCUCGGCACGAUCGAAGAAACCCGUUCAUCCACGGAGUUGCGGAAAGAUAAAAAGGCGGGAGGGGAGGCUCCGAGGGCGAGGUACUUUUUCUUUGAGGUGGGGGUGAGGGUGGAGAGGGAAGAGUGGCCGGAGGGGUGGAAGAGGGAGAGGAGGUGGAUGAGGUAUCGAGAGGCGUUGGCGGCGUUGGGGGGGAGGGAGGAGUUGGUGGAGGCGUUGGAGAGGAGUGGGAUUUUGAAGAAGUGA